CCGGGCUCUUAAUCUGCUCUUGCUGGGGAGGGAAGGAGACUGGGACAAAACUAAACCUCUCGCAAGAAGGGAACCUUUUUGCAGAGGAAAUAGAAGACACAAACAGAAAAGAGCAGACAGAGGCAAACCCAAAACAUGCGGAAGCGACAGCAAUCUCCUGUGCAAACUCCUUUCUUCGUCCCCAGGAAUGUAGGAAAGGAGCCUGAGGUCCUGGACAAAAAGCCUCAGUUCCACCUGGAUCUUUGGUUUUAUUUCACCGUGCAGAACUGGAUCCUGGAUUUUGGCCGUCCAAUUGCAAUGAUUGUUCUUCCAGUCGAGUGGUUUCCAUUGAAUAAACCAAGUGUCGGUGAUUAUUUUCACAUGGCCUACAACAUCAUCACACCUUUCCUCCUCCUGAAGCUUAUCGAGCGGUCUCCCAAGACACUCCCUAUCUCAGCGGUGUACAUCUGUAUAAUAACAUUUGUUAUGGGAGCAAGCAUUCACCUUGUUGGCGAUUCAGUGAAUCAUCGACUGAUUUUAAGUGGUUACCAACUCCACUUGUCUGUGCGUGAAAACCCAAUUAUGAAGGACUUGAAACCAGAAACAUUGAUUGACUCGUUUGAACUGCUGUAUUACUAUGAUGAAUCCUUGGGCCAUUUAAUGUGGUAUGUUCCGUUCUUCAUCAUUUUCAGUCUGUAUUUCACUGGGUGCUUUACUCGCUGUAGCAGAGACAGCAGAAUGCCCCUAUCAGCAUGGCUGCUGCUUGGGCCAAGUAGCCUAUACUACUGGUAUCUGGUGACUGAGGGUCAGAUCUUCGUCCUCUAUAUCUUUACCACCUUUGCUAUGAUUGCAACUGUCAUGCACAACAAACGUAAAGGACUGGUGAUGGACAGUAAUGGCCUCUUUUUAUUUUACUCUUUCUGCAUUGCCCUGGUUCUGAUCUCUGCUUGGGUCGCCUUCCUGUGGAACGACAAAAUUCUCCGAAAAAAGUACCCUGGAGUCAUGUACGUUCCAGAGCCUUGGGCGUAUUAUACCCUGCACAUCAAGAAAACACUGUAGCUUAUUUUCUGGGUCUUGCUUCUGAAGCCGUUUUAGUCAACUCUCCAACUUCCCCCAAGUAACUGAUAGUUGAGCAUUCCUUUCGGGUGCCGUUGUACUCUCCACAUUUCAAUUCGCAGUGGUUUCAGAUAGGCAUCGAUGCAAAUAGUGGCAGUAUAGUUUGUGCCAAGUGAUGCAAGGCACCCCAUCCCCCACCAGGAAGCAGCUUUGUGCUGCUUUCAAGUUUGCACUGACUGCAGUAUAACUCCAGUUUAGCCCAAGUGCUCUGGGCAAUCCACAGGAUCGUCUUCUCACCCCACCCUUUAAGAGGCUCACGAGAAUAUCUGAUGGAGUCUUUCAAAACCCAAGAGAGAGUAAGCCACAGCCCCUGCUGCAUUUCUGCUAACAGUAGGUCAGAUGGGAGUACUCCAAAAAAGUCAGCACAAGACAGAUGGGCCCAAUGGUCAUUUUCGAUGCUGU